ACAACUCGUCGCCGCUGCAGUUUAUCCCGCUACUAUAGCAAUUCGAUAAUCUCUCAGUCAUCAGAGUCUGACUUUGGGCUCUGAAAGAAGAUCUUUCGCCAUGUCUUGUCAACGUAACACUCGCAGAAAGAUUGCCCAUGGUGCAAGUCCUUAUUCAAUGCCAAAACAAUCCACACGAUUUUCAAAGUAUGUCUUAAUAUUUGCACCUGCUAUUGUUUUCAGAUUUACAAGAAUCAAAGCUAAUAUUGUUUCCAUAUUUCUCGGGGAUGAUAUUAUCACUUUUCGAGUAGGUGAUGGACUUCUACCUAUUAAGGUUCACAAAAACGUCAUUUGCGAAAAGCUGGAAGUUUUCGAUGCCAUGCUUCGGGGAAACUUUAGUGAGGCAACCUCCAAAGUUAUAGACUUGCCGGAAGAUGAUUUCCACACCUUUGAGUUGUUGGUACAGUGGUGUUACACAAAUCGAAUAUCCAUGCCGGAUUCAACAACUUCAUAUGAAGCUGUAGGACAAAGAGUGGAAUUGUAUUGUUUGGCUCACAAGUACUGUGCUUUGGUUCUGCAAGACUUUGUGACGAACUACAUCAUUACAUGGCUCAGGAUGAAUGAGCACCGUACCAAGAUUGUCGACCCAGCAUGGAUUGCACGCAUUGAGCGAACAUUCACAGCCACAUAUGAUGAAUUGGCGGGAUUAGAUGGAUUGCCGGGACCCCUUCGAUUUCUCAUCGGGUUUGUGAAUAAGAUGACCGUACUCGCGUCAAAACCUGGCGCCUCAGAAUUGGCAGUGAUGCGUUUUGCUAACUUUCGAUCACGAGAGCUGGAACAUUGGGGUUGUGUAUUCUCCGAGGUUCCCAGUAUAAGGCGAUAUGUCGGAUUAUCCGGGCAAUCUGACGCGGAAAUUACCGAGGAACUGAAUCCAUCAUCAACAGCCUGCUGCGAAUAUCACACUCAUUCCCGAAAGGAUAUGCUUGAAUGUCCAUUAUUCAAGGAUUUAAAAGGAUCAGCCAAAUAUUCCCCAGACGCUUUCGUAAUAGUGACACAUCUCAAACGCCUAGGCAGAAUGGCCAAAGAGAUUGAGAAAUAUGGUUUCCAUGGCAGUUCAUUGCCGCGUGAUGGUCCCAUUGGCGCUAAUCACCUGAUUCUUCACACCGAAUUCGAUAUGAAUGGCAACUUAUUCACAAAGGCACAAGAAUUGGCCGGAUUCAAGGAAUUGACCGAUAUGGGAAUAAUAUCGGAACCAACAGGAAUACGCCGCAACUUCUUGUUUCUCAAUGGUAAUGGUCUUGAAAAUCUAUGAAGCUUGCUAAAUGGUUUUGUACAUGCAUGUUCUUGUCCUCGUGGUCGCCAGAAGCGCGGACUAGCAUGCAAUACAAAGAUUAGAUAGGCUUAGGCUCAGCGCAUGGAAAUUUGCUGGAACAAACAACUAAAUUCACGGAGCUGGGUGAGGAUUUCAUAUACAUUUGAUGGAAACGAACAAUCUAUUUCUUUCAUUGGGGAAGGCUUAUAACUAGAAAUGUGUUAUUUGAAAGCCGAGUAUGGAGAUACCGUGGUAGAUAGAACUUACAUGAAUCAAUGCGACUUUGUAACAUCUACUGAAAAUACCCCGU